AUGAAGUCAAAGAAAGCUAAGACCGAUGCCGAGCCAUCUGGUGAGCACCUGUCCCGUCGCAGUAGCGUCUUCUCGCUCUCAUUUCGAUUCCGUGGACCGGGAAAAAGAGGAAGUCUUAUCGAUCCUCCGGUCCCGCAACCGACCUGCGUGGAGAACGUGCAUUAUCCGGUUUUUAAUCCGCAAGAUCUACGGCAUAACACCGACCCAGAUUACCCAAUGGAGUUGUUCUUUCGCUCCGAGUCUCAAACUUCCCCAUCGGACUCUGAGCGGCAGACACAUGGGACUCCAAGCUUUCCAAGAAGAUCUCUGUACAAGGCACGGUCUGGGCUGUUGGCUCUAAGAGCAGGCUUAUUCAAUCGACCAUCUCGACCAGGUAGUGAUCCUCUUGAAAGCUUGGCCCAAUCCUUCCCCAAGAAGGGCCAUGCCCAACGACACUCCCAUGGGUUCUCCAACAUCUCGAGUACUACCCAGGAAGAUCCCAGUUUUGGUACUGCUCUUUAUCGGAAUGGCCGAGUCAAACCGCGAAACCUGGAUGAUGGCAAUGUAGAUAUCAUCGCGCAGGUUUCUUCCCAUCCUCUGAAGAAUACCAUGUCUGCACCACAGCCCAUGACGAGCUCCUGUGACCUUGUCGAUGAUUUGCAACCCACCCUUGAACAAACUGUGAGUACGCCUGCCGAUCCAUCUUUCGUAUACCAACCAUACCAGCAUAUCGCCGGGACGUCUCAUCCUUCAACCGAGGAGGGGAAGUGUACAGAACAAGAACAACAUUCAUCGAUCGUCGAAGAUAUACAGAAGGAUAUUGCUGAUUGCGUAACUCCGUCCGUCACCUCAGAAGAUCGGUACACAACAGAGUCAAUGUCUUGCAGCUCUUCAGACGAUGAGGAUUUAGGUGGAACAAUUUUGUUGUGUGACGAACAAAAUGGGAUUCCAGAGCAGAGGAAGCACCUUUUGAAGAGUGACUUGAAUCACGAAGAGGGUACAUGCAAAAAGAUAAAGGAGCUGAGACACCUCAGUGAAACGCGAAAUAAUCCAUCUUUGGAGAUGGAGCAAAUUCACAUGGACUCUAAGGAGUCGUUGGAAUUGCCAGAUUACAGUACUCCGAGUAUUGCAGGCUCGGUGACACCUCGUCGACGAGACUCCAAUUUCAUCAGACCAGAGUCUUCAGUCAAACAAGAAAGACUGCUUCUGGGGGAUGAUCCACUGGAAUCUCAAUCCCGGGAAUCUCCUGUCUCGGAGUCUAGGAAGUGCUCUGUCGACGUGAGGAUUGCUUUCCCCGGAUUGUACCACGAUCUACUGGAGCAGUGGGUUAGAGAAACUGAAGUGAGCCCCGUGAUUUACCCCGGAUUCCCCGGACUGGAGAGUGAAAGCACUUUGAAGUCUGCGCACCUGCCUUCACUUCCUUCUCCCACCUCUCCACUUCACAACCCAGACGACCACCCAUACCAUCCAACAGAAUUACCCUGGAGCCUCGAUACUCAUUUUGCCUCCGGCCUGGUUGACAUUUUCAACAAUUUCCAGAAAGAGAAUACCUCGCGCCCCUUCACCUCACUUGCUCGUCCCCAAGUUGUGGCAGUCCAUUCUGUCCGAGAUUCCAUCACCUUGCCUUGCACCAUGGAUGACUACACUCGACACACUGAUAUCCAAACCACUCUUUCUCGCGAGGGACAGUCUGAUAGACGUCGUCACUCGUUCGGUAUUCAUAUCUCCGAGAGAAAUGAAUCUUCCUCGAGAGAUUCUACCAAUCCACUGAGCCGACGCGAGAUCCUGCGACGUUCAUCCGAGGAUCAAGAAAGCCCUUUUAAUAACCCCCGAUUGUUCUCUCCUCCAGGCUUUUGGGGCGCUGCCGACUCUCAAUAUGACGGCUCGGAGUUCUCCACCAAUUACACCCAGGACAGCAGCGCUGUGAAUUCUGCAAACUACACCUCGCCGACCUCUGUCUCGUCUGCUCCAUGGUCACCGCUCGAUUCUCCCAUCGAUGAGGAAGUUCUCUUUAGGCCCACCCACAGAAACGAGUACUACACGGCCGACGGCAAGCAUAGCAGUUACUAUCCAGACCGCGGUGAUCUCCAAGUCAAGGGACGAGGUGGUGACGGAUCUACUUACUAUGCCACUCGUGAUGAUCGUGGCACACGCAACGGAUUACGCUUGACUCGAGAGAGCCUAACCAACACCAUGCGUCGGUCCUUCCGACCUGACAUCCAGAGAGACGAGCAACACGAAGCAAAUGAGCCCACCGAAAAUGCUACUUCGAGCUCUCGAGCCUAG